AUGAACGAUAAAAUUUCAGAGUCCAAUAGUGUUUCUUUGGAAAAAGUCCAGGGGGAUUCCGAUAGCGUGGGCGCUCAACCCAUAAAAAUUGAGGAAGCUAGUCCACAAAUGCAAGCGAUACCAGCUAUCGGAGAGAAUGUAACAAAGGAAACCGAACCUAAGGUUCAUACCAUACCGCAGCAGCAAGCGACACCAGCCGUCGGGGAGAAUGCGAAGGAAACUGAAGAUAAGGUUCGUGCUAUACUGCAGCAACCAAAAUUGACUCCUGAAGAAAGGGAGAGAAAGAAGCAAGAGUUAAUUCAAAGACAAAGGGAAGCGCGACAACGAACCGCAGAAAUGACGUCGAACAAUUCUUCUGGUGGCAGUAUCAGUACACCUGAACCCACGGUUGUCAAACCCAGAGAGGACUUAAUAUCACAAGCGAUCAAAUUUCUUUCCAGUCCUUCUCUUACUAAUGUUGAUGAAGAAAAGAAGGUUCAAUUUCUGCUAAAUAAAGGGAUGACAAAAAAGGAAAUAGAUAUUGCCAAGGAACGCGUGGGAACAAUGCACAUUCCACCCAUAGUUCCACCACGAACCUAUCCCACCGUAGUGCACGCCCCUCCGAUAGUCGCAGCGAGAGCACCAAUGUGGAAGAAACUUAUUUAUGUAUUAAUUUUAACUGGUGCUUUCAGUGCUCUUAUGAUUGCUGCGAUCAAGAAAUUACUUGGCCCAAUGGUUACAGCAGUCAUCGCUGCAAAGCAGCAACUUUAUUCUCACCAACUUUCUCUUCUUAGAAAAUUCAACGAAAAGCUAUCAUCGUUCGUGACAUUAUUAGAGAAGGGGUCUGAUAAAUUUUCGAGCAAUAACAAGAUAAUUGAGGUAGACGAUGAAGAAAACGAACUAAUGCCUUUGGAAGACGAAGCAACCGCGCCACCGUCUUUAUUAGCGCCACUAUCAACAGAUUUAGCAAAUUUAAGUGAACGAAUAUAUAUACAUCGCCAAAAUAUAUUAAAAAAUGAAGCAAUGGAAGACUUACAACGUUCGCUGACAUCAUUGACAACUUAUCUUUCAACAAACGCGUUUUCAAAUUGGUCAAUUGACAAUGAGUAUAGUGGUGACUCAACCGUAGAACAAGUAAAAAAUGAAAUCAGGAGCAUAAAGGGGUCAUUGAUUGGUCGUAGUAAUUUCCCAAAAAUUCCGGUAAUGUCAUUACCAUCAUCAUCGACCUCAUCAUAUUCGUCGAAAAAAUACCAAUCGACACCAAAACACCAAAUCGUCGAACCUGCUGACGCGAAUGAAAUGAAC